AUGCUCACGUCCCUAGUGGGUGAAGAAAAAUUUGAAGAGAUUGUGAGGGGUCUUGGGCAACAUAAAGAAGGAUCGGAUAGACUAAUAUGGACGUCCAGCGUGAGCGGCGGCUCCUCCUCCAAAAGCGCAUUGGACCUCAUCAGAGUCAAAGCUCCAAAAGUGCAUGGGGCAGAAUGGAUGUGGAAUGCGGCUCUCCCAAAAAAAUACUCGAUCACCAUGUGGAAGGCAAUGAAAGGAUGCUUGCGCGUUGGUGACAUGAUCAGUAAAAUUGGUAUCCCCAUGGUCUCAAAAUGUGAAUGCUGUGAAGAGGGGAAGCUGGAGGACCUCGACCAUGUCCUAGCCAUAGGCAAGACUCCAAAGGCUUUGUGGAAUAAAGUUUCAACACAGGUGGGAAUGCCUUUUGAUCCUGAAAAAAAAUGGAAGGAAAAAAUACACCUAUGGUUUAGGCGUGCAGGCAAAUCAUCCCAGAAAGGACUUCUAAUUGGUCUCAUUCCUUCCAUAUUAACAUGGUCUCUUUGGCUCUGGCAAUGCAAAGCAAGAAUGGAAGCAAUUAAAGCAUCAAUUGAGUCCCUGUGGCAGUCAGUCAAAGCUGCCAUUACUUGGUGUGGGAUUCACCUAAAAGCUGGAAAUAAGUCGAAACCUGGUGAUAGGGAAAUGCUGAAAGCUCUGUGUAUACCAUCAAAGGACCCAAAAGGGAGAAGAGUGCAAUUAGUGACCUGGCGCAAGCCGGCAAUGGGCUGGUGCAAACUAAACGUCGAUGGAAGCUGCCGAGGAAACCCAGGAUAG